AUUGCUGACAUAGAAGAAACAAAGUAAACCUAUUUAUAAUGUCACUCAUCUCAAACUCAAAGCUUAGAUUUCGGCUAGCUAACAACUUACUCCACAAUGACGACCAAAUCAAAAUUUGAGCCCAAUGAAUUGGACGCGGAGUUCGACAACUUUUGGCAAAAGGUUAGCUGCUAUGCGGCCAACCAAUUUCCCUUUGAGGAGCGUUGCGAUUUCGUUAAAAAAUCCGUGAACUGCAACUUGAGUACAAAUGUGGUGCCCUACAUGAGACUACUUGCUUGCCAUCUAAAGUGUGUUAAUAAUUUCCAGGAAACGGUAUUCAUCACAAUGUUUAUGAUGCUUUGUUUCGAGAUACUGGUUUUUCUGAUCUACACGAUCAACGUUUACUAUAGUCCUGCUCUGAAGACCGUAUCGCGGUUCCUCCAUAUGAACGAGCACUUAGCGGGCGUUACUCUACUGGCAUUUGGAAACAGUUCCGCCGACCUAUUCUCAAACUUGGCAAGCGUGGAGGUAAAUGUGCCCGUGUUCGCCAACAGUUUGUCCUCGGCCCUGUUUGUGACCAUGGUUUGCGGGGGAUUGGUAUGCUACAUUAGCCCCUUCCAGAUGAAUGCCUACGAGACAAUCCGAGACAUUUUAUUCUUGAUUUUGGGGACAUUUUUAAUGGAUUAUUUCAUGACCGUCAAAACUAUUUCGAGCGAAGUUACAUUUUCCAUUGUGGCCUUUGUCUACGUCAUUUACAUAUUAGUGAACGUGGCAGAUCUUUACUUAUUGCGCAGGGCUUUGGACUCGAUCGGUAAACAAAUUGAUGAGCUAUUGAAUGCAGAACAAACUCCGGAAAACUUGUUAAAACUGCGACAUCUCGAAAGGAAGUAUGAAUAUUAUUCACAAGACACGAGGAAAGUAGAGGUUUAUGAGAAAAACAGUAUUGUGACGAGCACCAGAAUGCGGUUCACAACUAUGCGAAUGGUUCGAACAUAUCGAGUGAGCGUCAACCGAAGGUUCACCAGAUUAGUGAAGCACGACAGAACUCUGCCAAAGAACAGAGGAAUAUUCAAAGAAUUCCUCCUCGGACUGAGGCCCAUCAAGUGCAAAGAUUGGCGGAAAGCCGAACUUCUUAGUCGCGUGUUACUGCUGCUCAGAGCUCCAAUUGUGGUCCUCUGCGCCCUCUACAUUCCGCUGGUGGACUAUGAAAUGGAAAAACAUGGCUGGAACAAGCUUCUAAACAGCAUAAAUAUGAUGGUAAAUCCUGCACUAUCUAUAUCGGUCUUAAUGGCCUUUAUACACAGCAAGGGAAACACUUUAUGGUACAUUGUCAUAAAAGACCAAUUGAUUUAUGGGGCUUACUCUCUUGUGAUCACUGUGCCGAUUGCCGUGUUCGUUUUGAUUCAAUCUCGGACUGAUAUUCCACCAUCUUAUCACUGGGCUUUUACGGUAAUGAAUCUGACUGGCUCCAUGUUCAUAAUCUUUAUCUGCGCCACGGAAAUCGAUACGUUAUUUGAAGUAAUUAGUAGUUUAAUGGCCAUAGAUGACGAUUUCAUGGGAGCCACGAUUAAGGCUUUUACAGGGAACCUGGGCACGCUUUUUAUCAACGCAGCAUUAGCUGCGCACGGCUAUCCCAGGAUGGCAUAUGCAUCCUCCAUUGGAGGACCUUUAUUCACUAUUAUCGUAACCGCAAACACAGUGAAUUACGUUAGGAACCUCGUAGGUUCCGAAAAUAUGCAUCGGGAUCAGAUGGAGGAGUAUGGCAAUUUCGCUUUCGUUUUCCUCAGUAUGGGCCUUUUCAGCAUCCUGCUCUGGUCCACAACAUUGGGAUUUUUUGCCCGUCGCUCUGUGGGAUUAUAUUCGAUGGGUCUUUACAUCAUUUAUAUAAUAUUCUCGAUGUUAGUUCAACGGAAAGUCAUUCAUUCGUUUACCCCAAACAAACAACUUUCAGCUGCAUUUGGCGAUAUUUAGGUGAUUAGCGCAGAGCAUAUAUCAUUUUAAAUUUGUAAUA